UGAACGACAAGGUAAUCCUUUACAAAAUCUACCUCAAGAAACAAGCGAAAAGCUUGCUUCUAAGUGAGGUUGGUAGGCUUUUGUUUUUUCCUGUAAAAUGGAAGUAAGAAAAAAGAAUAUUUUUUUUCUUAUUUUUUUCCUUAUAUGUGGAAUUCUGUGGUUUCACAACUGGCACAGAUUAUAUCGGGUGUUUGUGAAAAAAUUGAGACCUUUAAAUGAAACAUUCGACGCUCCUUUUGCAGUAGGUUGUAAAAAUGUAGCUUAUGAGGCAAAUACCUAUCCAAGAAUGAAUGCUACGUUCAUGGUGCUUACGCGCAAUUCAGAUCUUGAUGGUGUUUUAUCGAGCAUGAAAUCAAUUGAAAAAAGGUUCAAUCAACAUUUUAAUUAUCCUUAUGUCUUUUUAAAUGAUGAGUCGUUCACGGAUGAGUUCAAGGAAGCCGUUCAGAAGGUGACACAGUCCAAAGUGCAAUUUGGUAUUCUUGGUCAAGAGCUUUGGGACUUUCCUUCUACAGUUGAUCAAGAUUUCAUAGAUGAAGCCAUUGCCGAACAAGUGGGUAUCGUUUAUGCAAACAUGCCGAGCUAUCAUAAAAUGUGUCGAUUCUUUUCUAAACAAUUUUACAAACAUCCUUUGAUACAACAGUACGAAUGGUAUUGGCGGUUAGAGCCGGAUGUUUCCUUUUCUUGUGAUAUUUCUUACGAUCCUUUUUACUACAUGCAAAAGUAUAACAAGGUCUAUGGCUUUGUGAUUGCUAUCAAAGAACUGGCAGAAACUGUGCCAAACCUGUUUCGUUACACAAUCGCUCAUAAGAAAGCUGUCAAUUUAGAAACCACCGACUUUUGGAGGUUUUUCCUUAACGAUGAUUACGAUAAACACAUUCAAACAUUGAAAGAAAAGCAAAAGUACGAUCAAGUCUUUGUAUUGCCGGAACCUCCAUUGGAACAAAUUGAUGGUGAGAUCUAUAAUCUUUGUCAUUUUUGGAGCAAUUUUGAGAUUGCUCGGCUCGAUUUCUAUCGAAGCAAAGAAUACAAUGAUUACAUGAAUGCACUAGAGGAAGCCGGUGGAUUUUGGACAGAAAGAUGGGGGGACGCGCCAGUACAUUCGUUGGCAGUCGGACUAUUAUUGAAUCGAUCUCAAGUACAUUAUUUUCGUGAUUUAGGAUAUCAACAUUCGACGAUUCAACAUUGCGCACAAGAUCUUGGUUGUAAUUGCGACUGUCCUUUAACUGUACCGGAAAUUGAACCUAGACUUGGGUCUUGCAUCAAUCGAUGGGCUGAAGUCAUGGGUGGGUAUUUGGAUGAAUAAAUUGUAAAACUAAAAAGGGUAACACGCUUUCUGCUUUAAUUUACAAGAAUGUAAUCGAAAAGGCUACCCCAAAAAUUGAAUCAUCCAUAAGUAUUUUAUUAUUUCUAAGAGCGACGUAAAAUUAUUUUUUAUAAACAAUUAGACUAGUAUCUACAAAUUAGUAUAUCCUUCAUCAAACAAAUAUUAUAUCAUGCAACAACA